UAUUUUUUUCCAUUGAGUCUUUCAUAGUAAUGGUGAAUGGUUUUGAAAUAAUUCACAUUUUUAGAUAACAAAAAUGUGGUAAUGCACUGGGAGUGUAGAACACGUCAUUACGCAAUGACAUCAUCACGCAAUGUGAACGUCAUUUAUCAACUUUUGGCAACAAAAUGGCCCGCCUGGAGCAGCACCCCCUGAAAAUAAUGAGUUAGGAACCCUGGCCCAUCACACCUCUUUGUUAUGUUUAGUCUACCUCAAAAUGUUUCACUUCACUAUUAAAUCGGAGGAUCUCAGAUUGAGCAUCAAUGCUGAUGUGGUGGUGACGUAACUACCCCGAGGUAUCGUGUAAAAUGUCAUGUUUCGCAUAGCUAGCUCAUUAAAUUAACCCCCCCCCACCUCCCCAGUUAGCUUUUCCUCGAUCGUGUAUUACUGUGAGCGAGUUACUGUCCCUGCAUUGCAGUCUUCGCCAAGGGGUGAAGGCUCCAUAUUGUGCGGCUAUGUUAGCUGCUAACUUGAGAGCGAGAGAGAGAGACAGAGAGAGAGGACUGCGCCAAAAUCAAGGUCCGGAUUUGUGACGUCACAGGGAUCCAGAGACCUCUUUGACAGGACCGAGGUUGACUUCCAAGACCACCUGGUUGUUCUUCGAUACCGCUCUUUGGUGCUAUAAGAGAAUCCUAUUAUUGCUUCUCCUACCAACCGAGCUCCACCGCUGACCGGCGAGGACAAACAAGCAGCAGACCAGCUACUAAUCCCCAGGACGGUCACAUCCACGCUGUCGAAGGGCGAACUCGAUGUCCUUUUACGACAAAUAAACAGAGACAAGGACCGAGUGGAUUAAAUGAGUCGAAGUAAUCAUCAUCGAGGGGGUUUGACAAAGCGAAGCUGAAUGUCCAUUGGGUCUUUAUUAUCGUCACUUGAGUGGAGAUGGGGGCUUUCGCGAGCAGACAAAACAUAGGCGUGGAAGAAGUCGAUAUUCCGUCCAAUUCGGUGUACCGUUACCCACCGAAAUCUGGAAGUUACUUCGCCAGCCACUUCAUCAUGGGUGGAGAGAAGUUUGAUUCAACCCACCCGGAAGGUUACCUGUUUGGAGAAAACACAGACCUUAACUUCCUCGGGACCAGACCAGUAGCGUUCCCAUACGCAGCCCCUCCACCUCAGGAACCGGUGAAGACGCUACGAAGCCUUAUAAACAUCCGCAAGGACACCCUGCGGCUUGUACGGUGCAGCGAGGACCUCAAGUUGCCCGGCGACGAUGAGGCGGGCAAGCGGCGGGCCUGCUACAACGUGGAGUUCACUUUUGACGCCGACACGCAGGUGGCAAUCACCAUCUACUACCAGGCCAUCGAGGAGUUUCACAACGGCGUGCCAGUCUACCUGCCCCAGGACGGCUCUCUGCAGUCGGAGACGGUGCACUUCAAGAGGGGGGUGAGCCAGCAGUUCUGUCUGCCCUCGCACACCGUCAACCUCAGCGAGUGGGCGGACGAAGAGCUCCUGUUCGACCCGGACCGGGAAAUCUUCCCCAUGGUGGUGCAGGCCGCGGUCGACGAGGGCGACGAACACUUGGGCCACUCUCACAUCCUGCUGGCCACGUUUGAAAAGCACUUGGACGGCAGCUACUGCGUGAAGCCUCUGAAGCAGAAACAAGUGGUGGAUGGCGUGAGUUAUCUCCUGCAGGAGAUCUACGGGAUCGAGAACAAGUACAACAGCCAAGAAUCAAAGGUUGCCGACGACGAAAUUAGCGACAACAGCGCCGAGUGCGUGGUGUGUCUGUCGGACGUGCGCGACACGCUCAUUCUGCCGUGCAGACACUUGUGUCUCUGCAACGCCUGCGCUGACACGUUGCGCUACCAAGCCAACUGCUGCCCCAUCUGCAGACUGCCUUUCAGAGCUUUGCUGCAGAUCCGAGCAAUGAGGAAGAAACUCAGCCCUUUGACGCCAACCAGCUUUAACCCCGUCAUCACUUCACAGACGUCCGACUCGGAGGAACACUCGGCAUCCGAGCAUAUCCCCCCGGGUUACGAGGCCGUGUCUCUUCUGGAGGCUCUCAACGGCCCCCUGGCCACGUCCUCAGCGGCGCCCCCGCUCCACUCCGGCCCCAGUCACGUGUCGGGGGCGCUCCCCCCAUACGGCAGCGAAGCCCACCCGACGCCGGCCCGUUCCCUCUCCCCUCUGGACCACUCCACCUCAAGUCAGGGGCUCAAACUCAAAAAGAGCGGUUCCAAGUCGCUGUCCCAGAAUUCCUCAGUGCUUCCCGAGGAGGAGGAUGAAAAGUCUUGCAGCGAAUCGGAGGCUCGUCGCCACAAGCGUACAGCGGAUCCGCAGGAGUGCGGAGCCACGCCAGACAGCGAAAACCUGACUCUCUCCUCUUCCGGGGCCAUCGACCAGUCGCCAUGCACCGGAACGCCGCUCUCUUCCACUAUUACUUCCCCCGAAGACCCAGUGAGCAGCAGCCUGGCCCAGUCAGUGAUGUCCAUGGCCUCGUCCCACUCGCAGCACUCCCACAUCAGCACUGACACCAUGUCCUCCAUGUCAGGGUCCUACCUGGCUGGGGCGGACGGCGAGCCCGGGGGGGGCCAGGAGGGGGUUGACGCCCAGGGCGAGGAGAACCGGGCCACCCCCAUGGAGAGCCGAGGACCCUCACAGUUUGAAGGGGAGUCAACCGACUUGAACUACUCCGUAGCCGUCGAUGAGCAGGACUCCGAGGGGAACGACGUCACGGAAGAGGACCGCUCCUCGCCAUCGAACGGCAAAGGUGGGCGGAGCAGGUGUCCCGAGUUGGCCAAUAAUAAUCAGGGCGUGGCCCUGUGUGACACGCCCUCUUUGGGCUUGGACAAUGAGCAGGCUCCUGACGGCCGAUUCGCCGAUGAGGAGUCGUGCCCAAUACAUAUUGAGGACUAGGUCUAAUGUACCUCGGCGGCUACAGGCCCAUAUUGGACUCCACCAGCAACCGGGAGGAGCAGGGCGUGGAGAACCUGGAGGGCCAGAGUCCCAAACCCUCCCACCGUGGACCUCUCAUUGUGUAGCGCGCUUCCACACACGCACACACACGAACAAACACUACUACUACUAUUAGUACUACUAGCACUUCCUACUCAGUGCUUCAUCGCUGGAUAACGGCUGAGCAGGGAACCCCACCACCACCACCACCACCACCACCCACCAAUACCACCUCUGGGUUCUUCUCCAGUGAGGUGUCAUCUGAGCACUUUUAUAAGUAUUUUAUUUCCCGGUCUGUUUUUAUUUAUUACCUGUAGUUUGAACUUACUCGUGACCGUUUCAUGUUGUGACUUUUUUGGUUAGAAGUUGCUGCUGCUCCUCCUCCUUCACCAGCCAAUCAGUCAGGGGCUACUGUGAUCUGCAAUCACCGUGUCAGUGCGCUAAAUGCUCAAAACAAAACCUGCUCCUCUCUGGACGACUUUUGCUGAAUGUGAAAACGAAAGCAGACUCGGGACCUGAACAUUAAAUGAAUGUAGGAAGGUAAACUCCCAGAAGGAGGUGCUACUAUUAAGGUAGGAUGAGACUCGUUUUCCUCGAUUAUUUGGAAAAUGAGCUAGCUUGAUGCAUCGCUAUACCCUCCUGCGCCGCCCCCCCCCAAAAAAGUAAGGUGUAAUGGGCUUUUGGGUUAUAUUUUAGGAUGAAUCUAAAAUGCACUAACCUUUACCGGUGGACUUAGUUUGAACCUCUGUCAAAUUUGGAAUGCUCGCGUCCAACUGUUUGAUGUUUUCGAUUUUUUUGGGGGGUACAAUUUGCUGUAAGGAGCUGAAUGUUGAAAUUUUACAGCCGUUAAUCGGGCAACAAAGUUUGUGGUUUGAUUAGAACUGAUAUUUGGACACGCCUCUUCCAAGAUGAAACCCAGUAAUUGAUCGACAGAAGUGUGGCCUCUUAUCUUGGAGCGUCACAGAGUGUCAUCAGCAGGUUGCAACAGAGAGACUGGAAGAGUCACUGAAAGGCAUAGAAGUGGAUUGAACUUGUUGUUGUUUUGAUUUUGCCAUUCAGGUUUUUUUUUUAAAGAAAAAAAGCAAGCUGUACAAAAAGUACUGUUACAUUGAACGGUUGGAUCGUGAUUAUUAUGCCCAUCAAUGGCUACACUAAUCCAUUCCUUGAACUGGAAUCAAACCCCCAACCACCCAGCCUGUGUUAGCAUGUCAGUAUUGUUGCAGUGCGACUCUCGAAGCCAUCACCCAGCAAUAAAAAUGGCUUCAUUUUUCUCCUCAGUAUUUAGACACUUUGUUAUUGUCAUGAGAAUUUUAGUAAGAGAGAUUCAUAUCUUGAUUAUUUUUUUUCUAAGUUAACCUCUUCUUGAUGUCAAUUUGUGUUUUUUAUCCGUUGCGAAGCACUGUGUUGUUGAUUAGAAUGUGGAUUAAAACCAUGUGAAACGUUUGUAAAGCUUUACAGCAGACUCUCACAUGUACUCACGUACUGUAGACGGUCGUAAAGGGACACGAAUGCACUCUUACGCCGUUUCCUAGGCGACGUAACGUUGCGGUGCAUGAGGCCGUCCGGGUGGCAGGUCUCGCAUCUUUUUCGUGAAGUGGUCGUCUCUCGGGUGGGAACAUCCAUUUCCCGGGGCUGUCACAUGAUCACAGUCUAAAUGUGUCGUCGGCGGUGAAUCCGAAUCUGUAAGAGCAGCCCACUUUUUGGAGGAUUGUAGGCGUGAACGUGAAAAACGGACAAUAAAGUUUCGUUUUCUUUGUUGCAACUACA